AUGGCAACUGAAGGAGGAGAGACCAAUAGUUCGUUCCAGGACCAGGACCAAUCCAAUGGACCUAAUUCUGAUAGCAGGUCCAAACAGGGAACAAGAGUAUUCAAGAAAUCAAGCCCCAAUGGCAAGUCUUCUUCUUCUUCUUCUUCUUCUUCUUCUUCUUCGUCUUCCCCUCCUUCUUCUUCUUCUCCUUCUUCUUCUUCUUCUUCUUCUUCUUCUUCUUCUUCUUCUUCUGCUUCUUCUUCUUCUUCUUCUUCUUCUUCUUCUUCUUCUUCUUCUUCUUCUUCUUCUUCUUCUUCUUCUGCUUCUUCUUCUUCUUCUGCUUCUUCUUCUUCUUCUUCUUCUUCUUCUUCUUCUUCUUCUCCUUCUUCUUCUUCUUCUUCUUCUUCUUCUGCUUCUUCUUCUUCUUCUCCUUCUUCUUCUUCUUCUUCUUCUUCUUCUUCUUCUUCUUCUUCUCCUUCUUCUUCUGCUUCUUCUUCUUCUUCUUCUUCUUCUUCUUCUUCUUCUUCUUCUUCUUCUGCUUCUUCUUCUUCUUCUUCUUCUUCUUCUUCUUCUUCUUCUUCUUCUUCUUCUUCUUCUUCUUCGUCUUCCCCUCCUUCUUCUUCUUCUCCUUCUUCUUCUUCUUCUUCUUCUUCUUCUUCUUCUUCUGCUUCUUCUUCUUCUUCUUCUUCUCCUUCUUCUUCUGCUUCUUCUUCUUCUUCUUCUUCUUCUUCUUCUUCUUCUUCUUCUUCUCCUUCUUCUUCUUCUUCUUCUUCUUCUUCUUCUUCUUCUUCUUCUGCUUCUUCUUCUUCUUCUGCUUCUUCUUCUUCUUCUUCUUCUUAA